AUGGACUGUAUUUUCCAAAUAUUAGCGUUGGAGUUUGUGAUGAACUUAGGCCGAGGUGGAGGAGUACAGCAGAAUGACGCUCUUCUCAUCUACCCCCCUGCUGAUAUAAAAUCUGUGAUUGACAAAACGGCUGAGUUCGUGGCGAAGCAUGGUGAUGAGUUUGAGAGGAGGGUUAUGGUACAGCAGGCUAAGCAGGCUAAGUUCGCCUUCUUGGCACCGGGGAAUCCCUAUAGGAGAUAUUACGAACAUAGGGUGGCUGAACUGAGGGAGGGGGUCAAAGGGGAGUCGGGUCCAGCAAUGCCUAAGGAGUUGGAGGAUUAUAAGAAGAAGGAGGAGGAGAAGCGUCGGAAGAGGGAGGAGCGGAAGAUGCUGAUGGAUGGUAUGGCUAGGGAGAUUAAACCGCCGCCACCAGAUGUGUACACGGUUGAUCAUCCCUUUAUCGCCCCGAUCGAUAUGGACAUCAUUAAGAUCACAGCACAGUUCACGGCUAAGAAUGGCAAUCGAUUCUUACAGGGUUUGGCGGCGCGUGAAAGUCGCAACCCUCAGUUCGAUUUCGUGAAGCCGAACCAUCCCUUAUUCGCCUACUUCCAAGCUCUGGUUGACAGCUACACGAGAGCGCUGUUGCCUCCACCAGACGAUCUGGAGAGGAUCAAAACGUAUAUUGAGAAUAAGCAAGCAGUGGUGGAUAGAGUAAUGGGACGCUUUCAAUACGAUCAGCAAGAGGCUCGGCGGAAGGCUGAUAAGGAGGAGAGGGAGAAGGAGGAGCGAGUGCAAAUGGCUGCUGUUGACUGGCAUGCCUUUGUCGUGGUGGAGACUAUAGAUUUCAAACCUGAGGAUGACGAGUUGCCUCUUCCUCCACCCAUCUCGGGCACAACUGGCAAGCGCCCUAUGACGGAGGCACCGCAGACGUUGGUCGGCAGUGCGGAGGCUGCUCGAGCUGUUAUAACGAGGGAAAAGGCGGUCACUGGGGAGGUAGGGAAAAGUAAAGACAAUACGGCGGAGGGGGAGAUGGAGGUGGAGGAGCAACCGGCUGAAUCUCUGCCGCUACCUGAACUGGCGCCGGCUCCAGCAGUGGUCCGUACUGACUACCAUCGUAAGCCUAAGCGUGCGGUAGAGUCUAGUGAGGAUGAGAAUAGACUGGUUAAAUGUCCGAUCACAGGGCAGAUGGUGAGGGCCAGCGAGCUGUCGGAGCAUCUACGAGUGGUGUUGUUGGACCCGAAGUGGAAGGAACAGAAGGAGAAGGUACUGGAUAGGGCGAGACAAGACACCAACUAUGAUCAAGUUAAUAUCGAAACUAAUCUUGCCAGCUUUAUUAUAAAGAGACCUGAUCUGUUCGGGACGGUUGAGGAAGAAAUUGAGCACCAGGCUUCGGUGGCUGCUGAGCAGUCUAUGAUGACGGCCUCCUAUGAUGCUGGUCCGCAGGCUAGUAAUGUGACAGAUGCGGCGAACCAGAUGCCGGGGCUCUUUGGGAUGAGAGCUCCUAUGCCGGGCAUGCCGCCGUUACCGCCUCAGAGGUCUAUGCCUCCGAUACCGGCAUCCCAGCAGCCCCCUGUAAAGAAGGCGAAGAAGUGA